AUGGACACCUUCUCCAACCAGAAGAUACAGGAGGUCACUCGCUCGAAACAUGACUCCUAUGCAUUAGACCUCCUGGAGAAGAGCACCACCACCACUGAAAUGGAUGGCGUUCGCAGGUAUGCAACCCCACUGCUACGGGUGCCCAACCAUCCUCCUCUGGCAACCACGACACGGGCUGUACUCCCACUACUGCGUGGAACGGAGCGACGCCUGGUGAAGAAUCCUGAGCUUGCAGAAGUUCAUAACCGAGAGAUUCAUAACCUUGUGAAGGCAGGCUACGUCACUGAACACUCUACAGCCACCAGUGGAGACAUCAAAGCCAUGUUUCAUCAGAUUCGUUUACUGCCUUCCGACACCACACUGCUCCGGUUCAUAUGGCGAGAUAUGGAACGAGAUGCAGAGCCCACAAUCUAUGAAUGGCAGGUACUCCCAUUUGGCACCACCUGCAGUCCUUGCUGUGCCAUAUACGCUCUGCAGAGACACGCACGGGAGCAUCCAGACUGUGACCCAGAAGUAUUGGAUUCAGUGGAAAAUGCCUUCUAUGUGGAUAACUGCUUACAGAGCAUCCCAUCCACGGCUGAAGCGAAAUCACUCCUUGAUAAAGUACGGAAUCUCCUGUCCAAAGGGGGAUUUGAGGUCCGACAGUGGGCUAGUAACAGAGCGGAGGUUAUCCAGCACCUCCCGCCACAAGCUAGGUCCAGUAGCAGUGAACUAUGGCUAACGCAGUCUGGUGCUAACCCAGAAGAGCCCACUCUAGGACUGAGGUGGAGCUGCAUACCGGAUACCCUGGGGUAUAAGCACCGCUCAUCCCCGAGUAAAGAAACCCCCACUCUGCGCACCAUCUAUCGGACCCUGGCCAGUCAAUACGAUCCCCUUGGGUAUAUCCUGCCAUACACAACACGGGCCAAAGUCUUAGUCCAGGACCUGUGGCAGACCAAGAGGGACUGGGAUGAACCAAUCCACCCGGCUGACCUAGUGGAACGAUGGAUCUGUUGGGAAACUGAGUUAACGGAGCUCUCUGAUGUCCAAAUGCCAAGAUGUUAUGUACCAUCCUGUGCUGACCAACUGGGAUCAUGCCUGGAACUGCAUGUGUUCUGUGACGCUUCGGAGCGAGCUUAUGGGGCUGUUUCCUAUCUUAGAGUGGAGGAUAAGGCAGGCCACACCCAUGUCUCCUUUGUCAUGGCCAGGUCCAGGGUCGCACCCAAGAAGCAGUUGUCAAUGCCUAGGCUGGAACUCAGUGCUGCCCUUUCCGGAGCCCAGUUGGCCUCUACCUUGCGAGCCGAGCUCACCUUGCCAAUCCAAAGGGUCAUCUACUGGAGUGAUUCGACCACUGUAUUGACCUGGCUCAAGUCGGAGUCCUGCAGGUAUAAGGUGUUCGUCGGAACUCGCAUUGCGGAAAUCCAAGACCUAACAGAAGUCCAGGACUGGAGGUAUGUUGAUAGCAUAAACAAUCCUGCUGAUGACGUUACUAGAGGUAAAACCCUUAAGGAAUUGGCUAAACCCCAUCGCUGGAGCUUGGGAACACCAUUCUUGUCCCAACCAGAGAAAGAGUGGCCGACAGCCCCCAGGCGUGCGCCCCUCCGCAACCAACUGAAGCUCAUGAGUUAA